AUGCCUGUCACGUCUGCCGCGUCCGAACAAAGCUUUCCUGCUUCACCGCAGAGGGAUCCAUGUCCUACCAAGCCUGCUACUUCAGUCGCGCCCGAACAAUCGCAGAGGGAUUCAUGUCCUACUGAACCUGCCAUUCCUGACGCGCCCGAACAGAGCUUUUCCGCCUCAGCCGACCAGUCGCAGAGGGAUUCAUGUCCUACCACGCCUGCCACUCAUGCCUUACUUGAUCUUCCGGUUCUAUCUGCGCAGCAGAGGGAAACAUGUCCUAGCAUACCUGCUGCAUCAGAAGAGAGCGUCCCGGAUCUCGGAGGCUUGACUUCACCUGCCGUACCAGACGAGAGCUUUGCGCGCUCCAACAAGUUCACUUCACCUUCACAGCAGAGGGAUCCAUGUCCUAGCACACCUGCUGUGUUAGAAGAGAGCUUUUCACGCUCCGAGCGCUCCACUUCGCCUGUACAGCAGACGUUUUCACGUCCUACCUCACCUCAUCCACCAGAACAGCAGAAUCCUGAAGCACCCGAGUCAGAUGCGCAGUUCGCUCACACGAACGUCGGUGCUACCUCUCCCACAGAGUCUGCUGUGGAGUACCUGCAACAGACUGCGGCUUCCGAUCGCAGCAAUCUUGAUGACGACCUCGCUACUCGCUUCGGCCCAACGAUUAUCUGCAGUCUGUGUAAGGUGGAGAAGUAUUCGCCAUUCACCGAGUGGCUACUCUGCCCCAUAUGCGAUUCAGGAAAAUUCGUCAUGUGCAGCAUGUGCUACAAGAAGAACCACUGGUGCCCUUCCUCCCGUCAAGACUCUCACACCCUCAAAAGGAUGAACGUUGUUAUGGAGAUUGAUUGGGGAUCAGAGUCUGAUGAAGAAAUCUCACCGGAAGAGGAAUUAUUUGGCUUCAAGAUGGAAGAUCUCAGGUUCACAUACUCGGGCUCAGAAGAGCGAUUUUCCAUGGCGCAGUACCGUACCAACAAUGUGAUGCCCCCAGGCUCUGAGACGGAUCAGCUGCAUUCCUUCAAGGCAAUGCAGAACUAUCAGCGAGGCAAUGAAAUGGUCAAACUUGGCGCUGAUGCUGACAUGGGUUUCAAUCUUCGGUCCACCGAUCAACCAUUCACAUGGGGCGACAUUGAGUUAGACAAGCAACUUUCCGAAAAUCUCCGCCAUUUGGGCAUCCGCGCACACGACGAUCUCCCCAUUCAAUUGAUGAAGGCGGUUCUAAACGACUUUCGCAAUAUCGGAGCCCACAUCCCCUAUGACAUGGGUAAGAUGACUGGAAUGGUCACCACCCUGCUGGCUGCGACAAUUCUGCACAACAAAAAGUUAGUGGAGAACACCAGCGAGGGCGAGUUGCUCCGCAUCCGGAAUCUACGGCGUCGUGCACCCGUCUGCAUCAUAGUCACACCCACACAUGAACUGGCUAUCAAAAUCUACGAUAUGCUGACGAAACUCGCCCAAUGGACUACCGUUACCAUCUCUCUCGCGAUUGGUGGCCAGAAAAGCCGACCCAGGGUCACAGAUAUCGUCGUGGGCUGUCCCGGAAAGCUUCACCAUUUAGCCCAAGACUAUUUCACAGGCCCCGCCAAGUUCAUCGCAAUUGACGAGCCGAAGAAUUUGAUGGACAAAAAAUGGAAGGACACAAUACACAACAUGUGCUGGAAGUUCCGUGGCGCCGACGAACACACGAGGUUCCUCUUUCUAAGUGGGGAGCCCUUCGAUCAAAGCACGUACGAGGGCUGCAUGAAGCUUAUGGGCUAUCUGAUUCCAGAUGACGAACACCGCAAUUCUCAUGCGUCUGAAGGUACUCAAUCAGAUGAUAAGACCGUACCCAUUAUCAUCAAACCAAUCGCCGUUUCCGAAAGACACGAAGGUGCUCUUAAGCAACAUUUUCUGUGCGCAAGGACAGACGAAGAGCGCCAAUCUCGUCUGGUCACUCUCCUUCAACACGCCUUAACGAAUGAGUGCCGUUAUGCUUAUCAGAAGAUGUUGGUUUUCACCAACCACACCAAAGAGGUUGAUCAAUUGGUGUGCGACAUUGGCAAGAAGUACGGGAGCUUGGGGCAAAUCGUCUAUGGUCGUCACAGCAAACUAAAGCAAGUCAAGAGAGAAAAAGUCUUGGAUGACUUCAUCAAAGGCCACUGGAAGGUGCUAAUCACGACUCCUAGCUUAGCUGAUGGUAGCAUCAUCGAGGGAGUGGAUGUGAUCAUCCAUUAUAGGCUUCCAAAGGACCUGUAUCGCACCAUCAGCUCGAAGACCACUUCUAAAGGCGAACUCAAGCUCGAGGCGUAUAUCAAGAGGAAUCGCUGCGCCGGCCGUGUGGGAAACCGCGGAACUUCCUAUGCGUUGUACGACGAGACGGACAGUGACCUCUUCACUCCUCUUGCAGUGUAUUUGGAGCGCAGCGGACAAGUUGGAGAUGCGGUACAGACCGUGAAACGUUUCGAAGAUGGAGACUCGUUUUGUCAGAAACUAACUCCCCCCGCCUCACUGGCACACUAUGAGAACCAAAGAAACACAACGUCACAUGCCAAAAGCCAGAGAGUACGAAACUCGUUAGCCUAG